AUGGCUGAAUCACAAAAUAUUGGAGUUCCAUGGAUCAUGUGUCAACAAAACGAUGCUCCACAACCAAUGAUCAACACAUGCAAUGGAUGGUAUUGUGAUUCAUUUGAACCAAAUAGUCCUACUAGUCCUAAAAUGUGGACUGAAAAUUGGACUGGUUGGUUUAAGAGCUGGGGUGGCAAAGACCCACAUAGGACUGCUGAGGAUUUGGCAUUUUCAGUUGCAAGAUUUUUCCAAAGAGGAGGAACAUUCCAAAACUACUACAUGUAUCAUGGUGGGACAAAUUUUGGAAGAACAGCUGGUGGUCCAUAUAUCACAACUUCCUAUGAUUAUGAUGCACCUCUUGAUGAAUUUGGCAAUUUGAAUCAACCCAAAUGGGGACAUUUGAAACAACUUCAUGAUAUGUUACAUUCCAUGGAAAAUACCCUCACAAAUGGAAAUAUCUCUACCAUUGAUUUUGGAAAUUCUGUGACAGCCACUGUGUAUGCAACUGAGGAAGAGUCAAGCUGCUUUCUGGGUAAUGCAAAUGAGACUUCAGAUGCAACAAUUGACUUCCAAGGCAAUACUUACACUGUGCCUGCAUGGUCAGUCACUCUUCUCCCAGAUUGCAAAACUGAAGAAUACAACACUGCAAGGGUGAACACUCAAACAUCAAUAAUGGUGAAACAAGCAAGCAAAGCAGAAGAAGAGCCAAGUUCUCUUAAAUGGUCAUGGAGGCCUGAAGAUACAGCCAAGACUGUACUUCUUGGACAGGGACAUGUGGUUGCUAACCAAAUAAUUGAUCAAAAAGCUGCUACUAAUGACGCCAGUGAUUAUUUGUGGUACAUGACAAGUGUGAACCUUGCCAAAGAUGAUCCAGUUUGGAGCGAUAAUAUGACACUUAGGGUUAAUGGCAGCGGCCACAUGCUCCAUGCUUAUGUUAAUGGAGAUUAUCUUGGUUCUCAGUGGGCCAAAUAUGGAGUUUUCAACUAUGUGUUCGAACAAGCUAUCAAGUUGAAAUCAGGAAGCAAUGUGAUUUCAUUGCUUAGUGCUACUAUUGGCUUACAGAACUAUGGUGCCUAUUUUGAUUUGAUACAAAGUGGAAUUAUUGGUCCAGUUGAGUUGGUUAGUCAUAAAGGUGAUGAGACAAUAUCCAAAGAUCUCUCUGCUCACAAAUGGUCUUACAAGAUUGGUUUGAAUGGCUUAGAAGGCAAACUCUAUAAUUCUCCUUCUAACUGGCAAUCAGAGGCUCUUCCCACCGAGAAGAUGAUGACUUGGUACAAGGCCACAUUUGAAGCUCCAUUAGGAAAAGACCCAGUUGUGGUAAAUCUUGAAGGGAUGGGAAAGGGUCUGGCUUGGGUCAAUGGACAUAGCAUUGGACGAUACUGGCCAAGUUAUAUUGCUGAAGAAGAUGGUUGCAGCGUAGAUUUAUGUGAUUAUCGUGGUCCUUAUGACAACAACAAAUGUGUCACCAACUGUGGUUCACCGACCCAGUCAUGGUACCAUGUUCCAAGAUCAUUCCUUGAAGAUGAUAUCAACACAUUGGUUUUGUUCGAAGAGCUUGGUGGAAACCCAUCUCAUGUAAAUUUCCAAACUGUGACCACUGGAACUGUUUGUGGAAAUGCCUAUGAGAGCAAGACUCUGCAAUUAUCAUGCCAAAAUCGCCCAAUUUCAGCAAUCAAGUUUGCAAGUUUUGGAAAUCCUGAAGGAGUUUGUGGAUCUUUCGCCAAGGGAGAUUGCGAAGGAAGCAACGAUGCAUUGUCGAUUAUUCAGCAGUUAUGUGUUGGAAAGGAAGCUUGUUCGAUUGAAGUUUCUGAAAGUGUUUUUGGUUCCACCACCGGUUGCGCCAAGAACAGAAGACUGGCUGUGGAAGCUGUCUGCUAGUUUCUUUUUUCAAAUAUUUAGUUGUCAGUCAAAGGUUGUUUAGUCAACGUAAUAAGUAGAGUCAGA